AUGGCGGCCGACGUUAACGCAGACAGCAGAAACAGCUUAGAAAAACAGCUGAUUGAAGCUGUAGAAAUCACUCUUAAUCCUGAUGUAGAUCAUCAACUCAGAUAUAAGGCAUUUGAGUAUAUUGAGACGUUCAAGCGAGAUUCCGUUCUUUGCGCAGACGUUGGUAUUAGUUUAUUUAAUAAAGAUAACACCCCAAUUGUGCGACAUCUUGGACUUCAGUUGAUUGAGCACGUCAUCAAGUUUCGAUGGAAUUCAAUGGAAAGUUUGCAGCAAGAAGGGCUCAAGUGCACAUGCUUGGAGCUCAUUGCACAUGGGACAAAGCCACUGUUAGAAGAACCAUUGCAUCACCAGCGCAUUGCUGAACAGACUCUUCUAACACUUAGUGGAUAUCUUGACUGGGUAAAAGUCAACAUCCUUUUUAUGCAAGAUUGUAUCAUACCACAAAUGUUAUGUCUUCUACUCAAUCAAGAAGAGCUGCGCAUUCCUGCUUGUGAGUGUCUGUUGGUGUUUGUAAGCAGAAAGGGAAAAUUUGAACAAUAUCAAGAAUAUGUGCGCUUGUUUAGUGAAGAUGGUUUACAGUUUAUGAAAACAGCUGCCAGCAAGGCUUGUGAAGCUGAAUAUGAUGAGCAGCAAUAUCUAUUUAUUAAGAGAUUAUGUCAAGUUCUCACAACUUUAGGUUCUGUACAACUUAUGCAAUUGUGGAAUAAAGAAAGACCUGAUUCUAAGCCAGAGACAUUUAAACUGUAUCUUGAUACCAUUGUUAUCUUCAGUAGGUCCAACAGUUUGGCACUAUCUCACCUUACCAAUAAUCUAUUAUUAGCCAUAUUGAGGAAUGACAUUAUGGUUGUUGAUCAAGAUGUAAAAGCUAUCAUGCCUUUACUAUUGCAGUUGGCAAAAACCAAGAUAUUAAGGGUUGGUGAUCCUGAAUCCAAUGAUAGUAAUACCAGUGAAUUUAAUCGAGAGGAUUUUAAUAAUAGCAAAGAAUUUGACUCUGUGUUUACUCAAGUAAGGUCACAGGUCAUGGAUAUUGUCAGAAUUAUAGCACAGCAAUUCCCUSUUGAAACAUUYUUUGAAGCAGCUGAUUGGCUGCUGCAAAAUGUCGAAAAGACACAAGCACGAAAACAGUCAGAACAGCUGACAUCACUUCAGGUCCAAUGGGAUGGUCUUUGCUGCUAUAUGACUGCUGUAAUGUACAAGAUUUUUACAGUUCAAAACAUCAAGGAAUUACUAAACAAAAAGUUGCCUAUCAAAGGGAAUUCAAUGACAAUGCUUGAGCUAGCUAAAAGAUGUAUUCAAUCUUUAAUCAUUGCUGAUAUUACUACAACGUUUAAUGAUGCUACUAUACUUACAAAUGUUGCAGAUACUCUUCAAUCAUUGCUAAGUUUUCUGACUCAUGCUCAAGACCUUAUCCUCGAUGUACUCAAAAAGAUAUUUUCUCUUGUAACAUACAAUACAACAGGAAAACCAGAGGCUCCUUGGACAGUUGAUGUUCUUCAUACUCGUAGAAGAGCUUGUUCAGCAUURCUAAAAAUGUGCUCUGAAUAUGGCAACCUUCUUGUGCCAUUAUUUGAUGAGCUCAAGCAGUAUGUCAUGUCACUUUUUAAUGGUGAGCUGGUUACAAUUCAAGACAGAACAACAUUGACUGAAGCACUAGUAAUAGCAAGCAAUUUUGUUGGUAAUAAACAGCAAAAUGAUUUUAUUGGAAGUCUGCUUAGUCCCCACAAGGAAUUACUCAUAGAUAACAGGGAGUCCAUCUCUGUUGAAUGGUUAAUAAUGUUUCUKCAAAUGAACAAAUCUCCUGCAGACUAUGUUAUGCUUGGUGAUGCUGCUCAAAGAAGAUCUAAGCUGAUGCUUGCAAUAACCACUCUUCUUGCUGUUGUGAGGAGAUGCAGUCRAUUGAAAGAGAMAAACCGCAGUGACCGGAGCUCAAUUGGGUUGAUGCCUGAUGGUGCUUCAGCUCAUGUUAUUCCACAUAUCCUGCCAUAUUUACCUAGCUUAUUGACAGUUACCCAGGCUGUCAAUAAUCUUUAUGGUCCAAYUGGUCAAGCACUAAUKCAUCCAGACUAUCUUGUUUGUCUGGGGAUGCAUGACUCAGAAAAGGCUGCUAUAUUUGCCAUGCAGAAUUCAGAUGAUCAAAGUGSAGCAAAUGUUGAUUCUGUAGCAAAAACAAGACGUUACAUUUAUCACUUGACAGAAUCAUGUUACAGUACCAUUGGUCUGAUGGGUAAUGCAGUUGGAUCAGAACUGUACAGUCAGCCAGGACUUGCUUGGUUUAUCAAUGAACAUGUCAUUAGCACACUACAUCAUCUACCAAAUUACAGACUCAGAAUUGUUAUUCGUCAUUUCAUUAAACCAYUUGUUGUCAACUGUCCUCCGGAAUUUUAUGAAGCCACACUGGUUCCUGUCCURGCCAAGUUCUUUACAUUCAUGCUUCAGCAUUUAGAAGAUGAAUGGCAAAGUGUCAAAUCCCAUCAAACUGAGAGUACUGGACAGCAGUUUAAAGACCAACAAGAUACCUACUCUAAGGAAGUCAUUGAAGAUCAGUUUGUUCAUCUUGUUACUAAAGACUACAUGGAUGUCUUUUAUCUUGCUUGUACAUUCAAAAGCAAAAAGUUAAGUCAGGUGGAAGAGGAGACAAUGAAAAGUGAAUCUGAUCAGAACAUGGAUUCUGCCAAGAAAAAGGAAGAAUCARUGGAGGCAUCUCUAGGACCCCUGGGAGAAAUCCUUAUGAAAUCUCCAAAUGUUAACAUGCAACUAGUGACAACUGUGUUUUCAACUAUGACAUGGCUGGACUCAUUUGCCUGUACCAAAGCAUCAAAACUUAGUGUACCAUUUAUCAAAAAGGCAUUAGCAAUGGCUCAAUCCAUGGGUUCAUCUAUUGCUACAAAUAUCAUAGAAGCUCUCUAUUCACAGAUAUUGAUUGGAUUUCAAGUCCAUGGCGAAGCAGGUCAAAUUGUGCUACUUAGAGUUGGACAUGUGCUGUAUGAAUUGCUGAGAAAGGAAUAUCCUUCAUUGAGAGAAAUUCUAAUUCAAAGAACAGGCUGUUCAACGUCUGAUUUAGAGAAACCACUAGGAGAACUAUUCAAAGAUGAAAUCAAAAUAAAGGACCUUCCAGCUAUUAAAUUUCCAAAGAGACAGAGAGAGACAGUGGACAAUGAGGAGAGUUUGGGUCUGGCWGAGCUGUUCGAUCCCAAGAACUCUACAGAACUUAUAUGA